UCUAGGACCGCGCGGAUGCUUGGUGGGCCGCCCCGCUGUGCCUGACCCGGUCCGGGCAGCCUGAGUCACGGGCCCCGCCCUACGGAGCCGGACGCGGCCAGAGGCCCGGGAGCGGCGCGGACGAACCGACCAGAGGACGUGUGAACGAGGCGGAAUCUUAAUUUGCAGCCAUGUUCCUGGUUAACUCGUUCUUGAAGGGAGGCGGCGGCGGCGGGGGAGGCGGGGGCCUGGGCGGAGGCCUGGGGAAUAUGAUCGGAGGCCUGAUCAGCGGAGCAGGAGGAGGCGGUGGCGGCGGCAGCGGCGGCGGCGGAGGAGGCGGCGGCGGCGGCGGUGGCGGAACUGCCAUGCGCAUCCUGGGCGGGGUCAUUAGUGCCAUCAGUGAGGCAGCUGCACAGUACAACCCAGAGCCUCCGCCUCCACGCAGCCAUUACUCCAACAUUGAGGCCAAUGAGAGCGAGGAGGUCCGGCAGUUCCGGAGGCUGUUUGCCCAGCUGGCUGGAGAUGACAUGGAGGUCAGUGCCACAGAACUCAUGAACAUUCUCAACAAGGUCGUGACCCGACACCCUGAUCUGAAAACUGAUGGCUUUGGCAUUGACACAUGUCGCAGCAUGGUGGCCGUGAUGGAUAGUGACACCACUGGCAAGCUGGGCUUCCAAGAAUUCAAGUACUUGUGGAACAACAUCAAAAAGUGGCAGGCCAUAUACAAACAGUUUGAUGUUGACCGUUCAGGUACCAUCUGCAGCAGUGAACUCCCAGGGGCCUUUGAGGCAGCAGGGUUCCACCUGAAUGAACAUCUCUACAACAUGAUCAUCCGACGCUACGCGGAUGAAGGAGGGAACAUGGAUUUUGACAACUUCAUCAGCUGCCUGGUCAGGCUGGAUGCCAUGUUCCGUGCCUUCAAAUCUCUUGACAAGGAUGGCACUGGACAAAUUCAGGUGAACAUCCAGGAGUGGCUGCAGCUGACGAUGUAUUCCUGAAUGGGAACCCCAGACCUGCCCCCUCAUCACCUCACUGUAGGAGUCACCUUGGAUUCUUCCAUCUCUCCCAGGGCUGAGCCAGGCUGCAGUCUCGUCUUCAUGGGCCCUACUGACCCACAGGUCUUUUGGUUCCCCCAGCCCUUGGCACUCAGCUUCUCAGUCAACAGCCAGGGCCCAACAUGCCUGACAUGCCAUGCCCCGAGUUACCCGUGGCUCUGAGACACUCCAACACACCCUGUCCCGAGGGUCACCCCACCCCCGGCACACCCAUCCCACACUCUCUCCACAACCCGCCUCAUGCACCUGUGCCAAACCCAACAGUUACGUUGUUUCCGCACCCCAAGGGCCCUUCUCUCAGUUCCAGGAGGGUCACUCCAGUCCCUCCACACUCUGGCACACCUGUUCACACUUACCACCCUGGCAGCCAAACUCUAGGCCCUAACAGGCCCAGGCGCCCCUGUGCCUUUGUCUGUACUCGGCUCUCAGCCUGCCAGGCCCAGGAGGAAAUAAAAGCACCCCAGUUGCUGCUCUGA